CCACCCCCAGCCCUCCUCCACCUCCUCCGCCUCCGCCAUCGCUCAAGUUAAUGUGGGGCUCCAGAUAAACAACAGACCCUCAGGAUGACGUCAGCCUCGACCAAGGUGGGAGAGAUCUUCUCAGCUGCUGGAGCUGCCUUCACUAAGUUGGGGGAGCUGACCAUGCAGCUUCACCCCGUGGCCGACUCCUCACCAGCUGGAGCCAAGUGGACGGACACGGAGAUUGAGAUGCUGCGCUCAGCAGUUAAGCGUUUUGGGGAAGAUUUAAACAACAUCAGCACCGUCAUCAAAGAUCGCACAGUGGCACAGAUAAAGACCACAGUGAAACGAAAGGUUUAUGAAGAUGGGGGGGUUCCUAUCCCUUCUGAGUCCCCCAAGAAAUCGCAGAAGAAAACGCAGUCACCAGCGUCCGUGACGGCCACCCCCACCCCCAGCCCAGCUCCCGCCCCAGCCAGCACCCCCCUCCCUGACACCUCAGCCCACAAGAAACAAAAGCCAUCAGAUGUGACGCUCAGUGCCCUCAACGACUCGGAUGUGAACAGUGACCUCGUGGACAUCGAGGGUCUGGGGGAGGCAUCGCCAGCAAAGAAACUCAACUUCGACCAGGUCUGAGCCUCGAUUCCAGUCUCAUCAUGAACACAUCGGACAUUCCCCUACUAUCCCCCCCACCCUGC